AAAACGCACCGCCGUUUCAUGGAAUAUAUUCCAGGCGCAUUUGCUCUCCUCUAACCGAGAAAAGGAGCGCACGGUGGAGAGAAAAAAUAAACCGCGAUUCAUGGACGCAUCACCAUGAGGAUACUCCAACUACCAACAAGGGAGGACCUGGCAUGGACCGCUGUGUCUAAAUGAAGUGGUUCAGCCAUGCAAUGUUCCUGGAAGGCAGUGAUUCUGCUGGCCUUGGCCUCCAUUGCCAUCCAGUACACGGCCAUCCGGACACUCACCUCCAAGCCUUUCCAGCUGUGCCCGCUGCCCAGCCCCCAGAACUGCGGUCUGGGUGGCCAGGAGACGGAGCCUCCGUUUGAGCGGGGAACAGCAGGCAGCGGCGGCUGCGAUGACUACCCUUACUUUUCCAUCAACGCCACGCGGAAAACCCACAUCCUGGUCCUGGCCACCACGCGCAGCGGCUCCUCGUUCGUCGGCCAGCUGCUCAACCAGCACCAGGAGGUCUUCUACCUGUUCGAGCCCCUCUACCAUGUCCAGACCACGCUGAUUCCUCGCCUGUCUCACAGCCGCAACGCCGCCGACCGGCGCGUGAUGCUGGGCGCCAGUCGAGACCUUCUGCGGAGCCUCUACGGCUGCGACCUCUACUUCCUGGAGAGCUACAUCAAGCCGACGCCCAUGAAUCACACCACGGACAAACUGUUCCGCCGUGGCGCCAGCCGAGCGCUGUGCCAGCAGCCCGUGUGCGACGCCUUCGGUCCCGCCGACGUCAACGUGGAGGAAGGCGACUGCGUUAAGAAAUGCACGACUCUAAACAUGACGCUGGCGACGGAGGCGUGCCGCGAGAAGCGACACGUGGCCAUCAAAAUCGUCCGGGUGCCGGAGAUCGGAGAUCUGCGCGCUUUGGUCGAAGACCCGCGGCUGAAUAUCAAAGUGAUUCAACUGGUGAGAGACCCGCGUGGCAUCCUGUCCUCACGGAUCGAGACGUUCAGGGAUACAUAUCGUCUGUGGCGCAUUUGGAGGGCCACGGGGAGGAGGCCCUACAAUCUAGACUUGAGUCAGCUCACAGUCGUGUGUGAAGACUUUCUCAGUUCUGUUUCUACUGGCCUCAGCCAUCCCUACUGGCUGAAAGGGAAAUACAUGUUGGUUCGAUAUGAGGAUUUGGCAAGAAAUCCGCUUCUUAAGACAAAGGAGAUCUAUGACUAUCUGGGGCUGCCUAUGGAUAAAAACGUGGAAGACUGGAUACAUGCAAACACUCGGGGCAGCAAUGAGCCUUCAGCCAAACACAAGUUUGGUACAGUGAGGGACUCGGCAGCUAACGCAGAGAGCUGGCGUUUGAAACUGUCUUAUGACAUGGUGGAAUACACACAGACUGUGUGUCAGAAAGUACUUCACCAGCUGGGAUACAAGGCUGUGAAAUCAGUGGAGGAACUGAAGAACAUGUCCCUCUCGCUGGUACAGGACAAAACUUUUGUACCGUUUUUGUAACAAAGAUAGUUCUCUAAUGACUAUUUUUGAUAUAUUUAUAAUUGUUGCCUUAUAAGUUCCUUAGUUUGUUUGUUUUUCAUUUUCUGUCAUUUUCUUUCUCGAGAUUUGCACUAAAGAUUUUUGAAUGCACCAAGGGAACUGUGGAUGAUUCCCCAAAUGUUACAGAACAGCACAUUUUCAACACAACGUAAUCAAACGAGCUAGUUUACAAAUGUCUCAUUAUUUACUUUUUACAUGAGUAGGACAAAUUCAAGGCACUGUCUUCAUUAUUUCUCCUGUAUGCAAGAUGUUGUCUAGACAGAAGUGAAAUGUUGCCCUGGGAAUAUGAGCUUUGGGAGGGGGUUUUGAAAAGCAGACAUGUUUUUUUUGGUUUUGUUUUUUUGUUUUUUUUCAGACCUGUGAUGGCAAAUUUUGACUGUACAAGCCCUACUGUGCAAUAAAUAGUGAAUGUCGCAGUCAA